AUUACCAAAAUCCUAAUUGUGCGCAGUCCUUAAACCCUACAAAUAUGGCGCGUCACUGUUGAAGAAUAAUCGCUUCCCCCUCCCCAUUCUGAAAAACCUUCAAAUAUACCCAAAAAUGGAGCCGGAGUAUGGCCUCGGUGACGGAGAAGGGAAUCGGAAAACGGUUUUCGUCGACACCAGCCUCGACACUCAUCUAGCUACUAUCGUGUCCGAUUCCGACACUGUUUCCGAUCUUAAAGGGAAAAUUAUGUUAGAACAUCGUGAAUGCUUUCCUGCCAUUGGAGAUAUUAAAAUCCAUUGUUUGAAGGUAAAACGUAGAGGAAACUAUUAUCACUUAUCAGACUCUAUGCUUGUUAAGAGUGCAUUUGGGAAUAGUCAAAAGAACUGGUUUCUCUCAGUAGAUGCUUCUCACUUAGAGCAAUGUGAUGGGAUUCAACAUAAGCCAGGGGAUCAACUAGCCUUGCCUUGGGUAAAAGAUAGUCGUUCCAUUGAUACACAUGAUAGUCAAACUCAAGCAGAAGGACCUUCAAAGCUGUCUCUCAUCCAUGGAUCAUCAUCAAAGCAUCCCAAGAUUUUUGUACCCUUUGUGAAUCAGAAACUCCCUACUUCUGAUGGUUCCUGUAAAAAAGCUUCAAAGAACAUUGAGGAAGAUAGGUCAUCUAAUCUUGAACCAAGUUUAGAGCAGCAGUUGGAUCCUAAAGUAACAGAGAAGUUGUAUGCUGUUGUUGAUAAGGAGAUAAAAUCCAAGAAAAGGAUACGGGAAGUGCAUAAUGAAGAUGCUUCUGUGAUGAAAAGACGUAAGACUCAGAGGACAGAAGGGGAUGCAAAAGCUCUAGAAGAGAAUAGAGUUUUAACAAAUGAUGCUGACAAGGUAAAGAACAUGGGAACAAGCAUAAACGAUGAGAACUCCAUUGAAGACAAAUCAAAAAGUAAAGAUGCUGCUUUGGAUGGUGUUGUAAACAAAGCUAUGAAUGAACAUACAAGAACCACAUUGGUGAGUCAGAAGAAGCCAAAAAGAACUAAAAAAGGUAAAAUCUCUGCUCAUGAUCAAGUAGCCAUUGUUGCCCCUUUGAGUGUAGAAGAUGUUGGAGAGGCGACACAUCUUCAAAAGAACACAGAAGCAAGUGAAGUUAUUCCUGAUGUUCCAAUGGUUAUGGAAAAUAAUAUUCAACAAGAUAUGCCUUUUCAAUCAAAAAGUAAAGAUGCAGAUUUAGAUGGUGUUGUAAACAAAGCUAUGAAUGAUGAACAUACAAGAACCAGAUCUGUGAGUCAGAAGAAGCCAAAAAGAGGUAAAAAAGGUAAAACCUCUGCUCAUGAUAAAGCGGCCAUUGUUGUCCCUUUGAGUGUAGAAGCUGUUGAAGAGGAGACACAUCAGAAAAACACAGAAGCAAGUGAAGUUAUUCAUGAUGUUGCAAUGGCUGUGGAAAAGAAUAUUCAGCAAGAGACUUCUCAGAAGGAGAAAUGCAAUGAACUUGUUGAAGAGGCUGAUAUUGGGAAUGAAAUACCUUCAUCAUCAAUGAAAGGAGCAACUGCUGAAGAUGAAUUGCUAGUGAAGCAUGCUGAUGAUCUUGUGGUUGACAUUUCUUCAACUGUUCCUACUCAAGUCUUUGAUGAGAAAACCAUUGAUGAACAAAACAAUGAUAAGACUAACAUAAUUAGUGAAGUUUCAGAGAAAACAUCAAUGGAUGAUUCUCUUAAAGUUGAUGAUCUGAUUGUGAAAGAGGUGAAGAUUGCAGAAGCAAAAUCAAGAAAGGAAAUCAAAGAAAGACACAAGAAAAAAAACGUUGGAAAAUCUUCAAAAAAGGAUAAAGUUAUUGAAAGGAAAGAAACAUCAAUAAUAGAUGAUGAUUUGCAUGUUGAUAAAGAUGCUGAAAUUUCAAAAACUAGUCAACUGAAUGCAGAGAUUUCAGAAAAGCAGAAUGAGAACAUGGAUGAUGAUGCACAGACUAUCAAAAGAAAAAGGAAAAAGAGAAACACGAAAUCAGGUGCUGAUGUAUCUCAAACAGAUGAUGACAAACUUAAAUCAAAAGCUGCACAAAUUGAGAAAAGUGAAAUUCCUCAAGAGACCUCGAAGAAUGUGACUCUAUCUCAAGCUUCCAAGGGCAAUGAUGUAAAUUCUGAUGUUGGUAAAGGAUCUCAUGAAAUCGACUUCAUGGACUACUUUUCACCUGAUAAAACUACUCCUCUUGACAAUGUUGAAAAUAGGAAAGACACUAAAUUGUCUGUGAAGGAGAAGAAACCAAAAAGGAAAUCAAAAGAACAACAAAAUGGUAAUGCGAACAAAGUCUUGAUUCCAGAAGCUUCUACAGAUGGAGGUGUGGUAAAAGACCGAAAUGCCCCUACUGUUACUAAAGUAAAAACCCAACAAAAAGACGAUAGUGCGAUUCAAUCUCUUUCAAGAAAUGAAAACAACAAAGCCUUGUCCUCGAAGAAGAUUCCAGAAGCUUCUACAAAUGGAGGUGUGGCAAAAGACCAAAAUGCCCCUCAUGUUACUAGAGCAAAAACCCAAAAAACAACAACAAAGAUUGAUGCUUUGAAGAUUAACAAACCACAACCACAACCAUUUAGUGAAUCGGACUCGAGCUCAGAAUCAGAAUCAUUUGGCAGGUCUUUGAAAAGUCAAAAAAAGAUUACAAAACAGCAACCAACUACUCAAGUUAAAAACCUGAAGAAAAAUGUGCCAGGUGUCAAGAGAUUAUUGAGUACACCUGGAACAAUAUUUGGGGAUAACAGUGAUGAUAGUUCUGCUGAUGAUAAUGCAAUCAUAAAUUCAGAUUCCAGCACACGAACUCCAUCAAGAAAUCCAUCAUCACCAGGAGAAAGUGAUUCCAGCAUAGACUCCAGAAGAUAUGAAGUGAAAAGAAAGGAAGGUGGUGGAAACAACAAUAUGAACUCACAGAGCAGGUUGAAGAACAUAUCAAUGGCUGAGCUUUUGAAAAGUUCAAGUAGAUACAAGAAAGCCAGAGUCACUGCUGCAUCACAGUCGCAGGUCAAUGAUACAGAAAGCGAGCCUGUUGACUUUGUUCCAGAAAGUCAACCCGUGGCUAAGAGAUAAGUUUAGGGGCAUUUUUGUCUCAAAUUUUGGUUAGGAAGGAAGGCUAUUUUUUAUAAUUCAACAACUUUUUAGGUGUGGUUUUUACUUCCUAUUUCUGUGAAUUCUCUUGGACAUAGGUUUAAUUUUGAUUUUGUUUUUGGUUGCUGUCUAUUAAUACUUACGAGGUUGAGGAUGAGGGCAUUUAUGUCUUUUGCA